AUGUCAACUUCAUAUACGUUUUUCAGCAAGGGUGCAUUUUCUCCCAGCGCACUAGUGUACAUUGGUAUUGUCGAAAGCAAAAAUAAUAUUACCGAAAAUAACAUCAAACCCGAUUUUGAAGUAAACGUCAACAGAGAGAGCCUGGAACUGCGACAUAAACCAGGCACGGAAGAUGCACGGGUGCUGAUUUCGGGCAAAUUCGAGGGGCUCUUCAAACGCUCUGCUCGCUUCAAGGAUAUGAACAUCGAUACCACUGCCAAACGGAUUGAGCUAUUCCUAUCAGGCUGGUCCUUUGUCGACGAAGACAGUAACAAGUUUAAAUGGCGAAUUCCUAUUCGCAGGCCCGUCUGGUACCUGCGCGACGAUAAUGGCAACAUUGUAGCCGAGUUUCAGCGCACAACUUUUAGCCUGGGCAAGAUUGGCACGCUGGUAAUUCACAACCAAGUGCCUGAGUCGCUGCAGUCGUUGAUUAUCCUGACAUGCAAGAUGGCCCACAACACUGUCAGAAAUAGCGAACACGGCUUGUUCAUCUGA